AUGUUCUGGUUGCUUUUUGUUCUUGGCCUGGCCACUGCCUUCAAUAACCCACCUGGCGUGAGCAUUUGGUGUGGGAAAGCAUAUAUGCCCACAAAUAAAUCGUUCGCACCAGGGGGUGCGCUGAAGCAGCCCUCAGCGUCGAAAGGGCCUCUAUUGAAUAUCCAAGUUCGGCCACGGAUGAGCUUGUACAUUCCCACCGAUGUCAACGCUUCUUUCAUCGUGGAAUCACAGUUCUCAUAUACCCACGGGGUCGUCUGGGACUACGCCGAAGCGCAGGAUGACAGUGACUUGAAACUCGAGAUAACUAUCGAGGGAGAGAGUUUGCACCUGCAUCAUUCACUCGCCGGUAGUGUGACGUCGAAAAGCUUGGAGGAAGUGCCUUUUUCCCUCAAAAACCUUACUCCUCGCUUCAUUCCAUACAGUGUGACCCUCACAAUCACACGUGCUAGUGCGCGGUGGGUGUACAACGCAACGACGCAGCUAUUCUAUCUUCCACCACGAACGGACGGCGGCAGCAUUACCAAGGUCGAUAGUCUCUAUGGCGGGCUGCUGGUACAAAACUACGUCAAUGGCUCAACAGCAUGGACUCCUCUACUGCCAUAUUCUUACUACACCACUUUAGCAAAUGCGCCUAAUCCACAGGCAUUCAUCAAUCAGGGGUACAAUAUCAUCUACCUCGUCCCAGAUGCAACGACGCUCACCCAGACUUUCAAUUUGUUCGCGCUCAAUACGUAUCUCAAUGCAUGCGAUCAAGUCGGGCUUUGGGUAAUGUACGACAUGCGUUAUACAUACCAAAACCUUGUAUCCGUGACGGCACAAGUAACUCUCAUAAAGUCACGAAAAAGCUUGUUGCUAUGGUAUACCGGUGACGAACCCGAUGGCCACGGCGACCCGCUUAACGGCACGAGCAUAGCCUACUCCAUGAUCAAGCUUCUGGAUCCCUGGCAUCCGGUAUCUGUGCUCUUGAACUGCUAUAAUUUCUAUUACGGCAACUACUCCGCUGGUGCGGAUAUUAUACUGUCCGAUGUGUACCCCAUCGGGGUCAACACGACCUGGUCGGUGGUCUACAAUACACCCUGCAAUAAGACGUACGGACGAUGUGGAUGUGAUGAUUGUGACGGGGUGGUAGAGGACAUUUCCACUCGACUGAGCCGCUUCGAAAAGUAUCAGACUUGGCUGGGUAGUGCUCCGAAACCUCUGUGGGGUGUUCCGCAAGCAUUCGGGAACCAGGCCUUUUACAACCGGACUCCUACCGCGGUCGAGGAAGUGACCAUGAUGAUGCUCAGUUUGAAUCAUAACGCAAAGGGGAUUGUCAUGUGGAUAUGGCCGACUACCGCACAAAUCAGCAAUGUGACUAGACAGCUGGGCACGAUUCUUGUCAAUAAUAGUGUGACGGCGUUUCUACUUGGAGCUCGAAAUGUAAAGUUGACGGCAGUGGGACAGACUGAGAUGGAUGUAGCGGGAUGGAGGCUUGGUAGGCAGAUGUUGCUUGCGCCUAAGAAGGACACUGAUGGUAUACGGGGAAUCGAAGAUGGCGGUGGACUAUGA